AUGCGUUCAUUGUAUCUAACAGUUAUAUUCAAUAUAAACAAUCAUAUUAAAUAUAUUGAAUUUUUAGAAAAUGAAAUAGAAAUAACAUAUCAAGAUAAUAGUCGAAAACGAUUUUAUUAUAAUAAAAUUGGUGCCAAAGAGGAUAUAGAAUUCGUGAAUAAAAUUUCGCAUAAAAUGGAUAAAAUACUAAAAGUAGAUCAGGAUUUUUGGGAAAGUGAAACAAAUGAGAACUCCUAUGAAAGUGAAACAAAUCAGAAUUCCUAUGAAAGUGAAGCAAAUCAGAAUCUCAAUAAAAGUGAAGCAAGUCUGAACUCUAAUGAAAGUAAAAGUAAUCAUCCUAGUAAAA